CUUCGGCUUAAAGGGCUCCAUAAUGAAACUGAAGCAGGGAUCGUUUCUGUGGUACCUUUACCUGGACAAACUGUACUGCUUAUUAUCCGUGAGAAAUGUGAAGGCCUUGGUGGAGUAUUUUCACCUUCUUGACGUGCACCACAAGAAAACCUUGAAUGAUGUGCUGUUUUACCACUUCCUUCAUCAUGUGACUGACUUGACACGGAACCAGAUCACAGUUGUGUUCAACAUGCUGGACUGGAAUGCGGUGGGCGAGAUUGGUUUUGACCAGUUCUACAUGCUGGUGUGCAUACUGCUGGCGCAAGAGAACCAUUUGGAAGAGCAAUUUAUCUUCCGCCAUUCCCGGCCUGUUUUUGAGUUGCUUGACCUGGAUGGGGAGCUCAAAAUUGGCCCAGACAACUUGCACAUGUACAACUUUCUCUUUAAUAUUAAAAAGCAGCAACUCAGAGACCUCUACUAUAACUUCGACAUCACAGGUGACCGCCUUCUUAAUUACAAAGAAUUUAAGCUGUUUACUAUCUUCUCCAUGGACAAAUAUCAGGAGAGUCAGAAAGCAGAGAAAGAGAAGAAGAAAGAGAAAGCUUUACUCAAAAAGAAACUGUCACAAGUGAACGAGAGCCAGAGAGAGAGUCUUCUUGGAAUAAAACCAUUUGAAAGUAUAAAUUUGAGGGACAAGUUUGGUGACUGGAGGAAUGCAGCUCAUUUCCUAUAA